AGAAAAGCUGUUCGAUUUAUUAAUUUAAUUUUUGUAGUUUUUUGGAAGUUCAGUUUUUUGGGGGAAUCCUGUUUCCGACCCGCAUAGGAUGUGGCGGGAUGCACAGUCCAUUGUGUGAUCGCCUAUAUACCAGGGAUAGAAGAAGAGGUACUCUUUAAUUUCUUUCUAAAGAAGAAGAAGAAGCAGCAGCUACCGGAAAUGAGUAUUUGCUUGCGAUCAGUUCAAAUUUGAGCAUGGCAAUGAGGGCAUUUCCACGAGUUCGACUGAUUUAAGAUUCAUACAUGCUUAAAACGUUAAUAUGAGCAGGCAACAGAUGGCACACAGACAGCAGAGCUGGGGACAGAUAUGCAGGGACAGACUGGCAGAGACAGGGAGUCUCAGGACAGCGGGACAUACUCAUCCUGCUCCUCUCCUUCGAUGCUGGAAGCAGCACUCGGACUGAUCUUCAUGUGAGCACAGGCGCAGAAGAAAAGCUGGAGAAGACAAGUUUUUCUAUCUCUGGCGAGUUGAUUUGCAGCUAAAAGCGCCAGAAUCGCUUUGGCAGGCCGCAUGCCUGCUGAGUGCUAGUUGCUAAUUGGGGAUUGUGAGAAAUUUGAAGAGUAACCAGCUGGCAAGUCAUCAUUUACCAAACUGACUAUUGCCUUGUUUACCACUUGAAUAGGAGAAAAAAAUGAGUCCAGAGAGGGAAACGUUGUUGGAUGACAUAGCACUGAGUUUAUGGACUUUAACUGAGGAUAAUUUACGUUAUCUAUGUGAGCGGUGUGGAAUAUGUGUCAAAGAUGGGUCUGAAGUCAAAGGAGAGAGUCGACGCUCAUUGCGUCGUAAAAUACUGGAGGAAUAUUGUGAGAAUGCUGAUCUAACAGAAUCCGAGGAGCAGGGAAUGUCUCGCUUACUACAACUGAAAGAAGACAUCACCGGAAUAGAGGAAGAGGCUAGCGUUGUACCCGCGAGUCCCAGCCAAUCAGCGACAGCGGGCAGCUCACAAGCAUGCUGCCAUGGAGAACAGAAUGAAGAGAGUGGGGGUUGGUUUCCCAGCAGGCAGCUGGAGGCAGAGCCAGUUCCACAUUGGCUCAUUAUACCACAGCAGAGAGUGAGGGGGAACGGUGAAGAUGAACCCAACUCGUCUCUUUCUUUCAAGUCUGAGACCAAAUGUACAGAGUCACUGGGUCCUGGUUGUGACGGAGGGCAGCAGGCUCCAGAGACGGCGUCUUGGCAGACUCUAAAGAGGUUAACAGUGCUGCUGGAGGACUGCAGGUUUAUGCCGGGCCAGAGAGUCAACAUCAAAGCAGAAGAGGAGGAGGAGGAGAUUAUUUCUGUCUUGGCUGAUGAUGGAAAGAGCUCCGAGUCCUCAAGACCCCAAGACAAGACAUCUCACAGUUCUCAACGUGAGAAGAGCUCCACAAAACUAUCACGUCUUAAACGGCACCUGCACUCUGGAGAGACGCCGUCCCACUGUUCAGGUAGCAAAGAAAGUGUCUCUACUGUGACGUUGUCAAAGAGACCCGAGACAGUCCAUCCUAAAGAGAAGUGUCAGGGCUGCGGGAGAAGUUUCUCGUCAUCAGGAUGUAUCAGGAAACACAUGCCGUUGUUCCGUUCAGGAGAGAAACCCUUCCACUGCCUAGAGUGUAGUAGAAAGUACACCAGAUCAGAUCAUAUGGUUAUAUGCUCUGGUGUGAGACCUUACCAAUGCCCUGACUGUGAAAAACAAUGUCAGGAAGUAUCACAUGCUUUAGUAAAAAGUUCUGAUCCUAAUCAUGUGUUAGUACAUUCUGGAGAGAAAUUGUAUCAAUACCCUUACUGUGAGAAGACUUUCACCGCAUCAGACCAUACUCAACAGCUGUACACACACACUGGAGAGACACCUUACUGUUGUUCAGAUUGUAAUUCAUAUUUCGUUAAUGCGUUACAAUUUAAGAGACAUAAGCAAGAGCACACUGGAGAGAAGCCUCACGUCUGCUCCAAAUGUGAUAUUUGUUUCUUUAUAGAAGAGGACUUAAAAGCACAUGAAAUGAUUCACACAGAGAAGCUUCACCCCUGUUCGGACUGUGGGCAAACAUUUAUUACAGCGCGGUAUUUAACCAAACACAAGAGGAUACAUUUACGGAUUAAGCCUUUCCGUUGCACCCAAUGUGACAAGGGGUACACCAAUUCAGAUCAGCUAAAAGUUCAUACGAUGACGCAUACUGGGGAGCGGCCUUACCAAUGUGGUCAAUGUAAGAAGAGUUUUAAAACCAAGCCGCAUCUUAAAUACCACCUGUUAAUUCAUGAGGUAGGGAUGUUUCACCACUGCCCUGACUGUGAUCAAAGGUUCUCUGCUGAGGAAACUUUAAAAGAACACAUGCAGUUACACACGGGAGAGAAACCUUUCCACUGUCUGCAAUGUGAGAAGACGUACAGUACUUCAGAUGGAUUAAAAGAACAUAUGAUGACUCAUACUGAUUCUGAUGGGUCACCAAGUACCAGAAAUGUAGAAGAACAAUGUCAGGAAAUGCAUGCUGUCGAACAGAGUUCCAAUAUUAAUCAACACCCGCGUGAACAUUCUGUAGAGAACCCUCAUCAGUGUCCUCACUGUGAGAAGGGUUUCUCAAAACAAUCGUAUCUUAAAGAGCACUUGCUUUUACACGCUUGUGAGAUGCCUUACCAGUGUAAGAAAAGUUAUCCGACUUCCAGAAGAUUAAAAGAUCAUAAGGCAAACUCUCAAAUAGAAAGGCCUUGUAUUUGUUCUGACUGUGGAAAGAGCUUUGCUCAACUACGCAGCCUUACUAGGCACCAGCAAAUACACACUGGGGAAAAGCCUCACCAGUGCCACAUCUGUGAGAAGAGUUUCUACAGAAAAUCUAAUCUUCAACAACACUUGGCAGUACAUGCUGGCAAGAAACCUUACCAGUGCUCUCAUUGUGAGAAGAAUUUCUCAAGACAAUUACAACUUAAGAUACACAUGUACUCACACACUGGAGAGCAAACUUACCAUUGUGCCGAUUGUAAUUCAUAUUUCCUUUAUGCGUUACAAUUUAAGAGACAUAUGCAAGAGCACACUGGAGAGAAGCCUCACCUCUGCGCCGACUGUGGUCUAACCUUCCUUAUCGAAGAGGACUUAAAAGCACACGAAAGGAUUCACAGAGGAGAGAAGCCUCAUCACUGCUCUGACUGUGGGCGAAAUUUCUCCUCGGCGGGAUGCUUAAAGCAACACAAGCUCUUACAUCUGGGACACAAAUCUUUCCAAUGUGAGCGAUGUGAUAAGAAGUUCUCAAGAUCGAUUCAGUUGAAAGUUCAUAUGUCAAGACACACUGGAGAGAAACCAUAUCAAUGUUCUGACUGUGAUAAAAGUUAUUGUCUUUCCAACCUCUUACAAAAACAUCGUAGUAUAACACACAGGGGAGAAAAACCUUACCUUUGCUCUGACUGUGGAAAGUGUUUUGGUUACCGACACCAACUCGUAGUCCACCAGCGAAUGCACACCGGGGAAAAGCCUUUUGUCUGCUCUGAGUGUGGAAAACAGUAUUCCAAUACAUGUGGCUUGAAGAUACAUCAGCGAACACAUACUGGCGAGAAACCGUACCAAUGUCCUGACUGUGAUCAAUGUUUCAUCCGGGUAGAUUCCCUUAAACACCAUCAAUCAUCAACGCAUACCGGGAAGUGGCCUUUCAACUGCAUUAUUUGUGGGAAAGGUUUUUCGUCUAGCUGUGAGCUGAAAGGCCACAUGCGCAGUCAUAGUGGUGAUAAACCUUAUCAAUGCCCUGUCUGUGAGAAGCGUUUCACGCUCGCGGGAACCUGUCGAAAACACCAGAAAACUCACACGGUGAGAGAGAAACCUCAUGCCUGUUCUGAAUGCGAAAAGAGUUUUGUAAAUGUACAAAGACUAAAGGUACACAAGAGAGUACAUACUGGUGAGAAGCCAUACCACUGCUCUGACUGUGGGAAGAACUUCACUCAAUUGACAAGCUUAAAUAGGCACAAGGUCAAACAACACAAAAGGAUAUAGAAAAAAAGCAGACUGCCUCCUGAGUGGCGCAGUGGUCUAAGGUACCGCAGUGCUAGCUGUGCCACUAGAGAUUCUGGGUUUGAGUCCAGGCUCUGUCGCAGCCGGCCGCGACCGUGAGACCCAUGUGGUGGCGCACAAUUGGCCCAGUGUCGUCCGGGUUAAGGGAGGGUUUGGCCGGCAGGGAUAUCCUUGUACCAUCGUGCCCUAGCGACUCCUGUGACGGGCCGGGCGCAGUGCAUGCUGACACGGUUGCCUGGUGUACUGUGUUUCCUCCGAUACAUUGGUGAGGCUGACUUCUGGGUUGUGGGCAUUGUGUCAAGAAGCAGUGUGGUUGGGUUGGGUUUCGGAGGACGCACGUCGCCUCUCCUGAGUCUGUACGGGAGUUGCAGCGAUGAGACAAGACUGUAGCUACCAAUUGGAUACUAUGAAAAGGGGGGGAGACUGAACAUGGCCAAGGAAAAUAUCACUGUACUGCUACCAUCCUGUUCCUUCAAAGUAUUCCCACUCCUUGACUUAUUCCACAUUUUGUGUUAAAGCCUGAGUUUUUACAGCCUGAAUUUAAAAUGGAUUAAAUUGAGACUUUGACACUGGUUCCUAACUCAGUUGCCGGAGAGGAAGAGAACCGCUCUGGGAUUUCACCAUGAGGCCAACGAUGACUUUUAAACAGUUACAUAGUUUAGUGGCUCUAAUAGCAGAAAACUGAGGAUACUAACUUAAAUGGCAGUGAAAAGAAUGUAGCCUGUACAGAAUAAAAAAUAUUCCAAAACAUGCAUCCUGUUUGCAACAAUGCACUAUAGAAAUACUUCCAAAAAUGUGGCAAAGCAAUUAACUUUGUCAUGUUUGUCAAUACGACACAUUACUGAGUACCACUCUGGAAGCAUAGUGGUGGCUGUAUAAUGUUAUGGGUAUGCUUGUAAUUGUUAAGGACUGGGUAGUUUUUCAGGAUAAAAAAGAAACGGAAUAGAGCUAAGCACAGGCAAAAUCCUAGAGAGAACCUGGUUCAGUCUGCUUUCCACCAGACACUGGGAGACAAAUUGACCUUUCAGCAGGAAUGUUCCUGAGUGGCCGUGUUAGUUUUGACUUAAAUCUAUGACAAGACCUGAAAAAUGGUUGUCAUGCAAUGCUCAACAACCAAUUUGACAGAGCUUGAAGAAUUUUGAAAAGGAUAACGGGCAAAUGUUGAACAAUCCAGGGGUGGACUUACACAGAAAGACUCACUGUAAUUGCUGCCAAAUGUAUUUUUUUAUUUUGUUUUUUUUUCAGUAAAUUUGCUUGCAUUUCUAAAGCCAUGUUUUCACCUUGACAUUUAUGGGGCAUUGUGUGUAGAUGGGUGGAAAAUAUAUUCAAUCCAUUUUAAAAAUGUAGGCUUUACCAAAAUGUGGAAUAAGUCAUGGGGUAUGAAUACUUUCUGAAGGUACUCGAUAUGGACUACUUCUGUGUUUUUACAGUACCUUUUGACUACCUAACCUGCACAUGUAUAUCAACCAUGUUGUUUUGUAUGCUGUUGCUCCACGGUUGACGAGGCUUUUAUCUGAACUACAGGAAACUUUAUUGACCUGAAAUUAGUAUUGAAUGUAGGUGAAACUAAGUAUACUGUAUGUUCUUCUAUAGAGUGCAUGCAAAUUAAUUGAUGAUUUAAAUCAUAUGUACUUUGGAUGGUGCCCAUAUUGAUCGUGUCUCUGUUUACAAAUAUUGGGGCAUCUGGAUAGAUGAAAAUCUGUCUUUCAAUAUAAAGCAUAUUGACGAGUUGAAGAGCUGAGAAUAUAUUUUUUAUAAGUAGGUCAUGCCUCUCACUAAAUAGGAGAAAGCAGAUCGUUCGGUCGACGGUCCGACUAUGGCGACAUCCUCUAUAUGAACGCAGCUGCCACUUCAUUAAAGCCGUGAGAUGCAGUUUAUCAAAAGCACAUUGCUUUAUUACGGGCGACAGGUUUUAGUGCUCAUCACUGCGUUCUCUACCAAGACGGUUGGUUGGUCCUCUUUGAUGUCACGUAGGUUGAUAAAUUGCUAUGUUUUCAUUUUGUAAAGUUCAAUUUUUACAAAAAGUCCCACUGUACCAAACACAAUUACUAACCUUAAGACCUACAGAGUUACUAAACCCAGUCUCAGGGAUGGUUAACUCUGGGCAUUCCUUUGGUCUCUACAGCUUUCUGAUUUCUAUAUAUUUUUAUUUAUUUUGCACGGUAUUUGUGGAACAAUCUUCAAGUUGUUUUGAUGCCUCUAGGAUCUUUAGGGCCUUUUUAUUACUGAUGAAUGUGUGAUUUCUUUUAUGACCAUGUUUUUCUUCCUGCUUGCAUUCUGUUUUGUGUUUUCCUGUGUUAUUAUCUGUAAUUCACGGCUCAUCUGUAAAAGACACCUUGGUCUCAGUAUGACUCCCUGAUUUUAAUAGAAAGUGUAGUUAAGGUGAGUUAGUCAUCACAGUGAAGACACUAGUCUGCAUAAAUAGGAGAAUGUCAUGAUUUAACUGCAUGGUGUAACAACGAUUAGCUCCAUGACGUAAUGAUAAGUUACAGGAUUUCACCUACAGCUCGAAUGUAUUCAGUUUAACCCCUUCAGAACGCAGUCUUAACUUUCUUUUCUUUUCUCAACUGAUCACAACGAUGAUUUGACUAAGCUAAGGCCAAGCUAAAUUAUUUUCCACCUGCCAAUUAAAAUGUAGAGCUUAAUUGUAACAAGGUUGUUUUAGUAGAAUUAUUUGCCCCAUUGUUCUAUUUUCAACUUUUUAAAAUAAAUGUAUUUUAUCAUUUUGAA